AUGGAGUCCUCCAGAGGCCCUCCCCGGGUCAAGAACAAGGCCGCAGCGCCUGUGCAGAUCAGCGCCGAGCAGCUUCUGCGCGAGGCCGUCGACCGACAGGAGGUUUCCCUCCAGGCGCCCGCCCAGCGCUUCUCUGAUCUCGAAGAGCUGCACGAGUUCCAGGGCCGCAAGCGGAGGGAGUUCGAGGACUACGUCCGUCGCAAUCGCGUCAACCUGAAUAACUGGACGCGGUAUGCCCAGUGGGAGUUGGAGCAAAAGGAGUUCUCCCGCGCCCGGUCCAUCUUUGAACGCGCGCUCGAUGUCCACCCCCAGUCCGUGGUGCUAUGGGUCCGCUACAUCGAGUCCGAGAUGAAGUCGAGGAAUAUCAACCAUGCCCGGAACCUUCUCGAUCGCGCCGUCGCGCUGCUCCCCCGGGUCGACAAGCUGUGGUACAAAUAUGUCUACAUGGAGGAGAUGCUCGGCAACAUUGCCGGUACCAGGCAGGUUUUCGACCGCUGGAUGCAGUGGCAGCCGGACGAGGCUGCCUGGAGCGCUUACAUCAAGCUCGAGAAGCGAUAUGGCGAGUACGACAGGGCGCGUGAGAUCUUCCGCAACUUCACCAUGGUCCACCCGGAGCCGCGCAACUGGAUCAAGUGGGCCAAAUUCGAAGAGGAGAAUGGAACGAGCGACCUGGUGCGGGAGGUGUUUGGGGAUGCCGUGGAGUCGCUCGGCGACGACUUUGCGGACGAGAAGCUCUUCAUCGCAUACGCCCGGUUCGAGUCGAAGCUCAAGGAAUAUGAGCGCGCCCGUGCCAUUUACAAAUAUGCCUUGGAUCGCCUUCCUCGAUCCAAGUCGAUGGUCCUGCACAAGGCAUAUACGACGUUCGAGAAACAGUUUGGCGACAAGGAUGGCGUUGAGGAUGUUGUCCUAUCCAAGAGAAGGAAACACUACGAGGAGCAGGUCAAAGAAAAUCCAAAGAACUACGAUGCUUGGUUUGACUACGUCAACUUGGAAGAAACCUCGGGCGAUUUUGAAAAGAUUCGCGACGUCUACGAGAGGGCUGUUGCCCAAGUUCCACCAACCCAGGAGAAGCGUCACUGGCGACGGUACAUCUUCCUCUGGAUCUUCUACGCCAUCUGGGAGGAGAUGGAAGGCAAGGAUAUUGAGCGGACGCGGCAGAUCUACACUACCUGCCUAAACCUGAUACCCCACAAGAAAUUCACAUUUGCCAAGGUCUGGGUGUUGGCCGCCCAGUUCGAAAUCAGGCAAGCAAACCUCGCUGCCGCGAGGAAACUACUCGGCCGGGCCAUCGGCAUGUGCCCCAAGGACAGAUUAUUCAACGGGUACAUCGAGCUCGAGCGCAAGCUGUUCGAGUUCGUGCGAUGCCGCACCUUGUACGAAAAGCACAUCGAGUACAACGCGGCCAACUGCCAGACCUGGAUCAAGUUUGCCGAGCUCGAGCGCGGCCUGGACGACAUUGAGCGCGCGAGGGCCAUCUUCGAGCUCGCCGUCAACCAGCCCUCGCUCGACAUGCCCGAGCUGCUGUGGAAGGCCUACAUCGACUUCGAGGAGGAGGAGGGCGAGUACGACAACACGCGCGAGCUGUACGAGCGCCUGCUCGACAAGACGGACCACGUCAAGGUCUGGAUAAGCUACGCACACUUCGAGAUCAACCUACCCGAGGGCGAAGAGGAGGAAGAAGAGGAGGAGGACCGCCCGGUCAGCGACGAGGCCAAGGCCCGCGCGCGGAAAGUCUUUGAGCGCGCGCACAGGCGCAUGCGGGACAAGGACCUCAAGGAGGAGCGCGUCGCCCUCCUCAACGCCUGGCUCUCCUUCGAGAACGAGCACGGCAGCCCCGAGGAGGUCGAGGGCGUGCGCAAGCAGAUGCCCCGCACGGUCAAGAAGCGCCGCCAGCUCGAGGACGACACCUGGGAGGAGUACAUGGACUACGUGUUCCCCGCCGACGACCAGCAGGCCAAGAACCUGUCCAGCAUCAUGGCCAUGGCGCAGAAGUGGAAGCAGGCCGGCGGCGACUUGUCUUGA